CUGCGCGAGUUCCGGACAAUGGUUGUUGGUAGCCGCUGUUGGUAGUUGUGGCAGGGAGUGGUGACAGCCGUAGUCAUGUCAAGCAAGGAAGUGAAAGGAGCAUUGAGAAGUGCCAGAGAUGCGAUAAGAAAUAAAGAAUUCAAAGAAGCACUGAAACACUGCAAGGCAGUGCUGAAACAAGAAAAAAAUAACUACAAUGCCUGGGUAUUCAUUGGACUGGCAGCUGCUGAACUUGAACAACCUGAUCAAGCCCAAGGAGCUUACAAAAAGGCUGCUGAACUUGAACCAGGACAGUUGCUGGCAUGGCAGGGCUUAGCAAAUUUAUAUGAAAAAAUGAACCGUGCAGAUGUGCGAGAGGAUUUGGUUAAUGUUUACCAAAAACUCCUGGAACUCUAUGAAAGUACUGAUAAACAGAAAUGGUGUGAGGUAUGUAGAAAGCUUGUGGAGCAGUAUCAGCAAGAAAAAAAAUACCUCCAGGUGGCUCGAACGUGGCACAAGCUAAUAAAAAUAAGACAGGAAGAAGGUGCAGAUAAUGCUGAGCUUCAUCAGCUAUGGAAGAGAUUGGUCAAGUUACUGGAAGAAGGCGCACAUCUCCAGGAUAAUGAAACGCAGCAAUUGCUUCUUAAUGCAUUUGAAGAGGCACUGAAUUCCUCAGACCCAGUUCCGAGUGAAGAGCACCAAAAGCUUUACAGAGAGUUCAUUCAAUGUUUGUCAAAAUUACCUCAUGAGUCUUCUAGACUGAAGAAGGCCUGUGAAGAUAUGAUGAAGUUGUAUGCUGCUGUGAGUGAUCCUCUGGAAGUUCUUUGCUUACAUUUCAUUCAGUCAGGCAAUUUCACUGAGGAGGCUGUGAAUUGUUGUCGGAUGCUUUUGGAUAUUGACUCAAGAAGUGGCCCAGCUCUCAUUGGUUUAGGAAUUCACUCCCUCCAAGAAAAAAAAUAUGAUGAAGCUGAAAAAAACCUAACCGAAGGUUUGCAGCGGACCAGCCAAUGUCCAGUAGCAUGGUGUUACUUAGGAAAGGUACAAGUGAAAAUGCAUAAAUACAAAGAGGCUGUUCAGUCUUGCAAUCAAGCUUUAAAGACAUUGGGACAAUUUAAUGAAUCCAGUACCAGCCAGCAACAGAAAAACCUUGCCCAUUGUUUCAAAGCAGUAGCCCUGAUUAAAAUUCCAAGUGCUGACUCUGCAGAAGAAGCCAUCAGUUCCCUUGAUCAGGUUUUGGAUAGGAAUAAUGAUCCAAAGCUUAUAAUUCUUAAAGGACAGGCCUAUCUAAAUAAAGGACUUGGCAAAGAAGCUUUGAAGAUUGCACAAGAGCUUAAAUUGAUACAUCCUGACCUGGCAGAAGCCCACCAUCUUGAAGGCUUGAUUCAUUACAGGCAGAAGAAGUAUCAUGAGGCAGAAACAAGUUUCCAGAGAGCUAUUGAAAAAGAAGCUGAAAUUGCUGAUUUCCAUUUCUGCCUGGGCCUCACUUAUUGGUUUAUGAGUGAAGAGACAAGAAAAGAUAAAUCCAAAGCUCUUACUCAGUUUCUGAAGGCGGCAAAACUGGACAAUUACUUCGGAAGUGCUUUCCACUAUUUAGGUCAAUACUACAAGGAUAUAGCUGGAGAUAAAAACCGAGCUCUCGGCUGCUAUAAAAAGGCAUUUGAGAAAGACAAAACAGAUGGAGAAGCUGGAGCAGCAGUAGUAGACCUAAGCACUGAGCUUGGAGACUUGGAAACUGCCCUUACCAUCUUGACAGAGGUAACUGAACGAGCAAGUCCUGGGAGAGCAAAAUGGGCCUGGCUUCGACGUGGACUUUAUUACCUGAGAGCUGGUCAGCAUUCACAAGCAGUGGCAGAUUUGCAGGCAGCACUGCGAGCAGAUCCAAAGGAUCCCCACUGUUGGGAAUCCCUCGGAGAGGCAUAUCUGAGCAGAGGGGGCUACACGACAGCACUGAAGUCUUUCCGAAAGGCCAGAGAACUAAACCCCAAGUCUAUAUAUAGUGUUUAUAAAGCUGCAGCAAUUGAACAAAUUCUAGGAAAAUAUAAAGAAGCUAUUGCAGAAUAUCAGCACAUCUUGAAGAAAUCCAACGAUUAUGUCCCUGCACUGAAAGGUUUGGGAGAGUGCUAUCUGAUGAUGGCAAAGAUGGCCCUUGCUGACUAUCUGGAUGGGAAAGCUCUGGACUACAUAGAACAAUCCCUUGGUUUUUUAGCACGAGCAGCAAAGCAUCGCCCAGAAGUGUCUUGCCUCUGGAAGUUGCUUGGAGAUGCCUGUAGCUGCGUUUGUGUUAUUUCAUCGUCUAAAGUGAAUGUGCAAGUUUUAGGGUUCCUUAUUGGUCAGAAUAUGGACAAAUGCGUGCUAAACAAAAGUGAUCUGCUCAGUCUCGGAGGAAGGUGUUAUGGGAGAGGAUUAAAACUGAUGUCCUCACCAAAUACAUGGUGUGAUCUUGGGAUAAAUUAUUACCAUCAAGCACAGCAUCUUACAGCAAUGGGCAGUAACAAGAAUGAGACAAGUGAACUUUUAGAGAAAUCCAUACAGUGUCUUAAAAAAGCUGUGAGACUAGACAGUAAAAAUCAUCUCUACUGGAAUGCCCUUGGUGUGGUGGCCUGUUGCAAAGGUGCUGGAAACUAUGCCCUUGCACAACAUGCAUUCAUUAAAUCUAUUCAAGCUGACCAAAUUAACGUUGUUGCUUGGACUAAUUUGGGCGUCUUAUACUUAACAAGUGGAAACAUAGAGCAAGCUCAUGAAGGCUUCAAAGUAGCCCAAUCCUUAGAACCCUCCUAUCUAACAUGCUGGAUUGGGCAGGCUCUCAUUGCAGAAACUGUAGGCAGCUACGAAACUAUGGACCUUUUCAGGCACACUACUGAACUCAGCAUGCAUACAGAGGGAGCGAAAGGCUAUGCCCAUUGGGUGUGCUCAACCCUGCAAGAUGAAACCAAUAGGAACACUGAAUUGUAUAGGUACAAUAUCCUUCAGAUGAAUGCUAUUCCAGCAGCACAAGUAGCUCUGACCAAAUACACAGAAAGAAUCCAAAAUGAUGCAUGUGCCUUCACAAUGCUUGGUUAUUUAAAUGAAUAUCUCCAACUGAAAAAGCAGGCAACAGAUGCAUACCAAAGGGCAGUUCUAUUGCUGAAAAAUUCUGAAGAUAAAGAGAAAUACAAUAUAGCAAUGAAAAAUUAUGGCAGAUCACUGUGUGCUCUUGGCCAUUAUGAUGAUGCCAUCCAGGCUUACAUGUCAACCCAUCUCACAGAAUUUGAUAAUAUUGUAGGAAUUGCCCAGGCUUACUUCAAGGAAGGCCAUUUCCAAGAAAGUAAGAAAGCUUAUGAGAGAGCACUUGCUGUUGCUGAAUGUGAGCAAGACAAAGCAUAUAUUCUGACAGCUCUUGCAAUAAUAGAAUACAAGCAGAAUCAAGUGGAUGCUGCAAAGGCUCUCUUGUUUAAAUGUUCUAUAUUACAGGAACCUAAUAUGGAAAGUCUGCAAGCUUUAUGUACUUUAGGGCUGAUAAAGCAGGAUGCUACCCUUGCAACAGCAGCACUUAAAGAAUUGUUAAAGCAUGUAGAAAGAAACGAUAAUGUAUAUAAAAGGUGCCUUCUUACAUCUGCUGUCUACGCAUUACAAGGCAGAAAUCUGGCUGUUCAAAGACAAGUUUCUAAAGCUGUCCACAGCAACCCAGAUAAUCCUGCCCUGUGGUCUCUUCUGUCCCGACUGGUACCUCGGUGUACACCGCAAAAUGCAAAGGGUGGAGCUGUGGCAGGAACGGUUGCUCAUAUUCUUGAUUUGAACCAUGGAAAGAAAGCCUUGCUGAAUACUGCAGUUAAUCAGUUGGCUGUAGGAUGUCACACAGCUGAAAAUGAAAAGACCAAUGCAUUGAAGAAUAUCCAAAAGGCAGUCCAUCUUUCCCCAGACGAUCCUGCUGCUUGGGCAGUGCUCCUGGCUGCCUGUCAUGCUGAAAACACGGUUGCUUGUCUACAUAAUACACAACCCAAGAGGAUAAAUUUGGGGGAAAUGAUUGUAGCCACAAUCUCAGUGAAAACUAAAGAAAAGAAUCUUCCAGCUUCCCAUGCCCAAGCUCUUGAAGAGUGGUCUCUUUUCCAAGCUGUUACUGGCUUAAAUGAGACAGGUAGAGCUCCAGAAGCCGAGGCUCUCUGUGCAAAGGAAUUAAAAACGUUUCCUGAGCAUCCAACUUUGUACUUGCUUUUAAGACAAGUUCAGUGUAAACCCCUUUUGCAAUCUCACAAAGAGCUUCCUGAUGCCAUCUUAGAAGAGCUCCGAAAGGCAGUGAUGUCCAACUCUACUUCAGUUACAGCUUGGCAUUGGUUGGCACAAGUGUACCGAUCUCAGGGAAUGAUGGUUGCUGCAGAGAUGUGUUACCGAAAAAGUCUGCAACUGGCAUCCCAGCAGGGCAACUGGAGUGGGAAGCUCUCUAGUCUACUUAGGCUUGCUAACCUUGCCCUGGAAAUCUGCAUGGCUAAUAUUUCAAAUGAUCACUGGCCAUCUCUGGUUCAAGAAGCCACAACAGAAGCUUUGAAACUUUCCUUCUGCCCUCUGGGCGUUCUAUUUCAAGCACUUCUGCAAUACAACCGCAAAAUGGGUUCCAGAGAAACUCGUCGCUUGCUAGAAAGGGUGGUGUAUCAACCUGGGUAUCCAGAAACUGUAGCAUCAGUUGCCCGAUGGUAUCUCUUAAGACACUUACAUGCCAAAGAUGAUUAUGAAUUGAUAGAUGCUCUUGUAGCAAACGCCAAAGCUAAUGGGGAUGUUCGAGCUUUGGAACUAGACAAGAAACUCUCAGCAGCAGCAUCCUAAUGUGAGCUGCAAUGAGGAGGCAGACGUAGAAAAUUAACUGCAGAGGCCCAUGGAAAUCCACGUAGCAAUUGUUCCUUAAAGUCAGGGUUCACAUUUUGUUAAGUACUUUUGUUGGUACUUUUCCGAACAUAUUUUAAAAGGGAUCUGUCAUUAAACAGUUGCAAUUCAUUUGACAUUUGUUUGAUUUGUGCACAACUUAUUCUACAGAUCAUUUGAGAGAUUCCAUCCACGGUUUAUGCUUAGUUGGUGUCUGCUAUGGUGCAGAGUAGAACAUGUUUCUGUCUUUGAAACACAGCCUUAAUAAUCAUGUGUUAAGCAAAAUUGUUGGAACAUUGUCCACACCUAUAGCAACUUUCCCCAACCUGGUGCUUUCUAGAUGUUUUGGACUACAACUUCCAUUAGUCCCAGCCAGCAUGGCCAAUGGCUGGGGAUGAUGGGCAUUGUUACUGAUAACGUUUAGAGGGUAUAAGGUUGGGGAAGGCUGCUUUAUAGCAUGCCAAAGCUUUUGCCAUACAUGUCAGUAUCCAUUUUAUUCUCCUUUAUAGGUUCACCCUUCUGCAGCUUUUUGGGCAAAAUAAUAUUACAACUUGAUGGUGUUGGAGAAUUAAUCCCUAUAAUGUGUUGAAACAUUUUGCCUAAAAUCUUUACAUUUUUUCUUGCAAAACCUCUUCUGCAACUCAGAGCCUUGUGAUGAUUGCAACAAAACAUAACUGUAAUUCCCCAUGUCCACAUGAAAUUAAAAACAGUGCAUUUA